UGUUAUUCUCUGUUUCAAAUAUUCGUAAGAAAGUUUGUAUUAGGGUGAAGCUUCUUUUGCCACUUAGAUUAUUUGUUCUAUUUUCGAAUUAAGAAAUAGAAAAGUGAAAUUUUCUUGUAAAAUGGUUGGAAAAUUUUGCUCUGUACAUGCUUGUUACAACAAAUCUAUUCGAAAGGUUUCUAUGCACCACUUUCCGAAGGAUCCAGAAACAUGUGAAAAAUGGGUCGAAUUUUGCAAAGAAGACGCUCUCAAUGAUGUGUUGGUACUUCAAGGUCCACAAGUACUGCAUAGCUCUGCAUACCUCGUAUGUUCGGACCACUUUCUGGAAAGCUGUUUCUACAAUCCAAACAACACUUCUCAAGGAUUGAGGAAAGGAUCAAUUCCAUCUAUUUUACCCGGGCAUGCUCGACCAGUAAGCACGAGUCAACAAUCACAAGUAUUACCAAAUGAACCGAUACCCAAUUCAAACGCGAAAGUUGCAUGCAAGCUGCCCUGUCCCAGCUGUGAGGAGAUAGAACAAUUCAAGUCUAAAUUUUUUGAAGAGAGAUUUCGAGCUGCUGAGCUGGUCAAAGAAUACAAUGCAGUGCAAGAAAAAAUAAAAAGUUUGCGUGCACCAUAUAGGGAUCGUCACCGUGCAAUUGCAAGGAUAAAAAGCAGUACAACGAAAUUAAAAAAUAAAAUAAGACGGUUAGCUGCUCAGAACGGUAUACAGAUAAGUUUAAGCUCAGAAGAUUCUGAUGACGGAACCAACCCCAGUUGAAACGAGAGUUCAAUACAUGUUACUAUUAUUA